AGCUUAAGAGGACAACAACUUCUCUUCUUUGUUUCUAAUUAUGGGGAAAAUGGCCUCUCUAGUUGCUACUCUUUUAGUGGUUUUAGUGUCACUUAGCUUAGCUUCUGAAAGCUCAGCAAAUUACCAAUACUCAUCUCCUCCACCACCAGUGCAUGUCUAUCCAUCACCACCCCACUAUCCAGUAUAUAAGUCUCCUCCACCACACCAUCACCAUCCUAUUUACAAGUCUCCACCACCAUCUGAGAAGCCACACUACCCUCCACACACCCCGGUAUACAAGUCUCCUCCACCACACCAUCACCAUCCCGUUUACAAGUCCCCACCACCUCCAACUCCUGUUUACAAGUCGCCACCACCACCUAAGACGCCACACUACCCUCCACAUACCCCAGUUUAUAAGUCUCCUCCUCCACGCCAUCAUCACCCCGUUUACAAGUCUCCACCACCUCCAACUCCUGUUUACAAAUCACCACCACCACCCAAGGACCCACACUACCCUCCACACACCCCAAUUUACAAGUCACCACCACCACCCAAAGAACCACACUACCCACCACAUACCCCAGUGUACAAGUCACCACCACCACCCAAGAGGCCAUACCAUCCUCCACCAACACCAUAUCAUCCCACACCAGUUUAUAAGUCUCCACCACCACCAACUCCAGUGUACAAGUCACCACCACCCCCAACUCCCGUUUACAAAUCACCACCACCACCAGUGAAGCCAUACCAUCCUAAACCUGUGUACAAGUCUCCACCACCACCAGUGAAGCCAUACCAUCCUACACCCGUCUACAAGUCUCCACCACCACCAACUCCCGUCUACAAGUCACCACCACCACCAGUGAAGCCAUACCAUCCUACACCCGUAUACAAGUCUCCACCACCACCAACUCCCGUUUACAAGUCACCACCACCACCAGUGAAGCCAUAUCAUCCCUCACCAACACCAUACCACCCUACACCAGCAUACAAGUCUCCACCACCACCAACUCCAGUCUACAAGUCUCCACCACCAACCCACUAUGUUUACUCCUCUCCCCCUCCUCCCUACCAUUACUAAGAAGUGAGUUUACUAUAUCUGAGGAAAAGCAUAAUGUUGAGCUGAAAGAAAGGCAUUUUCCAUUUUCAAGAAGAAAAUUAUAGUAAAUAAUAAGGCUUACAGAAGAUCAGACGAAGUUCUUUUGUAGCUUCAUGUUAUCUAACUAGUCUUAGUGAUAUAUUGUUUUUGUACUCUAUUUUUAUAUAUUACUUUUAUGUGUCUUUGUGUAUGUUUGCUCACUUUCAAUCUUCUUGCAAAAUGCAGAGAUUAAUUAUGAGAUUAUCAUGAAUAAAAUAAGUUAUUACUACUCC